UUUUCCUAAACUCCGCCCUCCCCUCCCCGUGACUGGAGUUUAGUGUAGUGCGGGGAGGGAGGGGGGUGCCGGUAAACAACUGAAAGCAUGGCUGGAUUUCGUGCAUCUGAUGAACUAAUCAGCUGCCAUGGGUCUAGUGGGGACGGAUUCUAAGCUGAAAUAUGUGCAUUUAGUUUUGCUUCUAUUGGUAACUGGUGUAAUUAUUCUGGGACUGGUCUACUUGAAUGAAACAUCGCAACGAGUGCAACUGCAGCAAAAGGUUUUAUUUAUGGAAAAGCAAGCGCACCAUGUAGUAGCUGAGCGGUCUAUAAUACGAACAAGAGCAAAUAAUUUACAGGAGGUGAUAGAAAACCAGAAGAAUGAGAUAAAAAACAUGCAAGAAAUCUUUAAUACACAGUUAGAAGAACAAGAACAAAUAUUCUGGAUACAAAAGAAUGACCUUUUAAAAACGAUUUCGACUAAGGACGAAGUAAUCAUAAAUCUAAAACGUGAUUAUGAGCUUUUAAAGAAACAUUUUGACUCAUUGAAUUUACAAAUGGAGGAGUUUGAAAAGAAUCAAUCAAGACUAUUAGAAAAAUUUUCCACCCAGUCGACACAAUGUAUGAAGGUGAUCAAUUUGGUCAGUGAACUUUGUAAUGUAAAAAAUGGCAACAAAUCAAGAAAAGUGUCAGUAUCAAAUUCCACCAAUGGCAUUUUCUUAAAGAGGACUACAGUAGGAGAAGAAAUAAACAGAACUCAAGAGAUUUCCCUUAUAUCAAAUGCCAGUUCCACUAACAGCACGGAGAAGCCAAGCAAUCAUGAAGGCAGAACCACAAACAAACAUUUCACAGAAUUUUCAGGAGACAUAAACACUACAGCCUCCCUUGAAACAUUUGAAAACACCACCCAGAUGAUUUCAACAGAUAGAAAACAAAAUGAAGAAAGCAAUAUUAGUGCUGAAUUUGAAGAAAGGAUGAUUGAGGACAUCUUAGAAGGCAAUGCUAAAGAAAGCAAUGACACUGGCAAGCAGACACUGAGUGCAAAGCCUGUAUACAAAGGGGACAAGGACUAUCCUGACAGUUUAGAGGAUGAGGAGGAUAUUAUAACUCUCCAGCUACAGGAGAAAAAAAGUCAAGACAUUCAAAAGCAUGAAGCUCUUCAGACAAAAAAGAAGAAUGACUUUAUUGAUGAUCAGAAUGUUGCAUUAGACCACAGACACAACACAAAGGUACUGGAAAGGCAAGCAACUCAGAAAGAUGAGCAAAUGAUUCAAUUUUCAAACAACAUAAAAAAUGUAAAUCCUAAAAUAAAUGAGACUGACAACAUGAAUGAUACGGGGUCAAUGCAGGAUGCUGCUUCUCAAGAAUUAAGUGAUACCAAAGUAUUUGCCUUGAAAAAUGAAACUGCACAAGUAAAAGAAAAUGUAAAAGCAAUAAAUAAUAUUUAUGAUCUGGUUGAAUCCAUGGAAGAUGAGCACUCUGCAAGAUUAAACAGAUCUCUAUUUAUAAACAUUAAAAAAAAAUUAAAUACUAAAAAAAACAAGGCAGACAACAUGAAUGAUAUGGAGUCAAUGCAGGAUGCUGCUGCUCAAGAAUCAAUUGAAUACAAAGUAGUUGCCUUGAAAAAUGAAACUGCACAAGUAAAAGAGAAUGCAAAACCAUUAAACAAUCAUUAUGAUCUGCUUAAAUCCAUGCAAGAGGAGGACUCUGCAAAGUUAUAUAACUCGAAACAGACUGAUCAUCAAAUAAAUAUCACAGUCCCAAAUUUAGUUCCAGACCCAAUAACAAAUGGCAUUUCAGCAGAGGAAUCAGAUUUGGAUACAGACAACAUAGAUAAAAAUGAAAAGGAAAGUUACAGCACAAGAAGUAAUGAUGGGAAAAUCAUAAUAAAUAUUCCAAACAAUAAAGAAACAACAAAGGAACCAAUUGCAAAGAUAAAUAUCCCAGAGGCUAUUCACAAGAAAAACACCCUCACAUUUGGAGACAGAAAAAAUAAUAACUACAAAAACAAUAAGAUAAACCAGUUAUAGAAGAGUCAGUGAUCCUUUGCAAAGGGUCUGGAAUGUUAUAUAUACUGUAAUAAUUGUAAGGUUGCCAAAGUUCACUUGCAAUUACUCUAAAGGAGUAUUAAUUGUUAAUCCUUUAGUAUUGUUUAGACAGGCAAACAAUAAUCUGCAGGAAUUAGGGUUAUGUGUUAGAGAUGCUAAAUCCCUGCACUUUUUUAAGGAUUCAAAUUAAUUUGAAUUGUUCCGCCAACAUGAAUUCAUGUGUGUGACUUUACAGCUCUGGACAACUACAGUAAGCAUGACAUUUUUUUGUGCUUAUUCUUCUCAUCCCAGAAUAUGCAAAUUAGGGUUUUGAUUCAGAUGGAUCUUUUAUGGAGGAUUCGCUAUCCAAAAACAUCCAAAAAUUAUAGAUUUCGUGACACCCUUUAUAUUAUCUUUAGGGAUAUUUACAUAGGAGUAUGCAACAAUGAGAGCAAUGCAAAGCUGCAACUGUUUUUAAAUUGCACUUAUUUUCAGUCUGCAUCCAUCUUCAUGGAAGAUGAAGAAACUAUUUUGGGUUUUGAUAUUUCUAAUUAGAGGACAAAGAUUCAAUACAUAUAUGGUUUGAGCAGCACAUUAUUUAUUGGUUUACAUGUUAUCAUUGCUAAAAUAAUGGAUGUUAGGUGUAUUUUUUUGAUUCAUUAUGAUCGUAACAUAAAAUAUUUUUAUACUGAAUUAAGCUAAAUUUUUUUUAAAAAAAAAGUCGGAAACAGAAAAAUCCUUUGCAAUGCAAAAUUGUAUGCCUUUACUUUCCUUUGAGAAAAUUAAAUAUAGCCUUUAUGAACCUGGAAACUGUUUAGCGACCACUUCCAACAGUGGAAGAAAGAUUGAGAAUUUUAUAGUUUAGACCAGUACCCAAUGAAUGUAAUAAAACUUCAUACUAAAAGAGUUAUUAAGCUUGCUCCAAAAGCUCACUUCUUAAAAGUGUACAGUGCACAAUUAAACUUUAUAAUGCAAAAAUAGUCUAAGGAAGAAUAUAACAUUGUGAAAUUCAAUUUUUUUUCUUAUUUGUGCAAAUUGUUUUUCACUAUGUGACUUUUAUUACAUUUCCCCCUAAGGGGUUAUGGCAUCAAAUGGUCUUAAGUUGCAGGUAGCAUUUGCUGGGCAGCAGUUUGACAUCAUCUUGUUGCUAUAGGUGUGGGCAAACAUAUAUUAAAUUACCCCAAAAGUAUUAACUUGCUGAAGGCGUUUCGAGAAGGAGUUUAUAAUUAAGCCUUAAGGAUCAAAACAUCAUCAAUUUAGUUCGAUAAUAAUGGGCAAGAACAUGUCAAGAAUUUUAAAAAUUAGGUCACAGAACAUAUUAUGCCUUGCAUAUAUUCAUGACUUUAGAUAUUGAACUGUGAGGCCUCUAGUACAAAAAAAAGAAAAAAUAGUACAGGUACAAAAGAAGAUAAAAAACAGCAUGAAAUAUUAUUUCUGACAUCCCGUUAUUUCUCAAUAAUUCAAGUCCUCCCUCUGCAUUGUUUGGAUAUGUAUCUUAAGUCCUGAUAAAAAUUGAACAACAGUCAACUGAUUUUGACUGAUCUAUCAAAAUACACAAUUUUAAAUUUCACCAGCCUAAUAAAGUUUAAAUUAGCAAGUUUUUAAAUUAGCAAGUUUUUAUAUUACAUUAUAAAGUCCUCCUCAAUUAACAUCUUGUGUUGCUAAAUGUGUAACAUGGAGUUCAACUUUUUCAUAUAAUACACAAAGGCAGUCAGGCUUCAUUUGAAAGAAGAAGAAAUUGAAAAAAAAUUGCAUUUAAAUAUGGCAAACCCCAGCCAUUUUCUAGGGAAGAUGCUUUUAUAAACAUGACAACCUCAUGAGUGUUAAUGUUAUACCCAGUAACAUCAUGAUAUGAAGGUGAACCCCUUCCUUGUCAGCACAAAGAGUGCAUAGCCACAGAUGUGGAAUUAAACGGGUGCUAACAAAUCA